AUGCUGCAGUGGCUCCCCGGAAACGUCCAGGCACCGGAUUUGCUGUCCGUCCUCCAACGGGUUUACGAAUAUAAUCCGUAUUCGCUGGUCAUGAACGCUCUUGACGCCCCUGACGAUCAAUAUGACAAAGUGGAUGCCCUUACGAUUUCACUGGAGGAAGUGACCAUCGAACCACUCACUAGUGAUGUGGCGCAGAGGGUGCCUCCCGAACUUUGGUUGCGCAUAUUCGAGUUUGCUACAUUCGUUCCCGGAAUACUAGACGUCCAUGUUUACGAUCCCUUCGACUCGACUCGCGCCACCCUUCCGCUUUCAGAGUUUGACUGGGUCGAAUUAGCUCGCUCGGUCGCGACGCGAUGGUCCAUCGUCCGCGUCUCGAAGUUGUGGCACUCCUUUGGGCUGCCGUUCUUAUACGAGGUAAUUGCUCUACACGGCCACGAAGACAGAGUGCUUCAUCUACACGAGGCCCUUGUUAAUUCCAUCGAACGAGGUGACGAACGCCCGUUGGGAUCCCUCGUGCGCCACAUCGUUCUUGGUGGGCCCGUAUCAGACCAAUGCUUCGGAAGCCUACGAAACUGCGACCUGAUUCCGAGCAUCAUGGGCCAUACCAGCAACCUCGAUAUCCUGUCGAUUCAUCAUCAAUCUCGAAUAGACUCACUCUUACCUUCAUCUCUCCCUACGAUCCUCUCCUCCACGACCAUCCCUCUCUCCUUGAAGAAGAUCUACAUCCAUGCAGAUAUGUACCCCUAUCUCGCCAAAGGAUUCUCUCUCCCUCCGAGCCUUCACACCUUCGUCACCGGAGUGCACGAGCGCGCAAGCCAAGGCCUAUGUCCCGUCGACCUCCUCACACUUCCGAACCUUUCCUUCCUCGCCGUCGGUCCAUCUGCCUGUGCGGAGCACCAGCUCCUGUCCAACAGAAUCCACGCCGACGAUACUCUGGUCGCCCGCCCAGCUCUCACCCAAGCUCUCUUCGUUGGCCACGCGAUCACUAUGGCUCAUUUCCUCAGCGUUCAGGGCGAAUAUCUUACUACUGUCCAUCUCGACGUCCGGGUCAUGUACUCCAUGGAACUAGAGCGCAGCAUGGACCUCCUCGCAGACCAUUGCCCUCAUCUCACGCAUCUCAUCGUCUCGCACCUCGCGUAUGACAGGCGAGGAAUGCCGCCUUGUCUCGAUCUUCCGCCUACGAUUUCACAUCUGGGACUGGAGGGGUACUUUCCGUCGUCAGACGAUGGGGUCUUGGAGAGUCCGAGGACAAGAACGAGGGCGAGGAAUCAGGCGUCGGAGAAAUUGUUUAUGUGUCUGGGGAAGUCGAUGAUGCAGGUUCCGGGCUUGAAGGUCGUGCGGUUCUUCGAUGAUAUGGGUCCGGAGAGGUUGAAGGAGAUGGUGGAGAUGGGAGGCGGGGUGGCCGAGCUUUGGGGAGAGGGGAGAACGUUCAGGGUUGAAGAUAAGGAGGGAAAUGAAAUGUCGAUAUAUGCUAUUUAG